AUGGUGCCUUCACCUCGUGCAGUUCGUGCGACGUUCCUAUGCCUUUCGCUGAACCUCACCCUGUGCAAUGUCUUCACCGGACGCUACUAUACCGCAACGAAUUUCGCCCCUCCCGCAACUCGCAAUCGGGAGGGUGAAUCGCCAGAGGCGACAGCGGGGUUCGUGCUGCCGAGCUCGGCGCGCAGCUGCGACGAGGAUGAGAGGACCAACGGAGCCAAGGGGGGGAAGCCGCUGCUGGGGGGAGAAGAUCUGUGCGCCCUGAUGCGCCUGGAUGGGGGAGGGGGAGGAGGAAGAACCGCUGAGGGAGGCACUGGGAGAAGCUUGGGAGAAUUACGGCAGGGAAGCUACUCGGAAGCUGCUCUUGAAUUCAGCAAGCUGGACAGAGUGGAUCAUCCCGAGGUGCAGCAGCAUGUGCUGUUGGGCCGAGGCAUCGCCAACACUUUCCUGGGCCAUAAGGAGAAGGCACUAAAGGAUCUCACCCGGGGCACAGAGCACUACCCACAUGUGGCGGACUUCUGGCGGCGCCGGGCGCACCUGCUGGCGGCCAUGGGGAGGCAGGCAGACGCCCUGAGCGACUACUCUCGUGCUCUAGAACUCGAGCCAAACCACCCUGAGACCAUUCAGGAAAGAGGAGUGCUGGCCUUCCAGGCGGGUGACUUCUGGACGGCAAUCAGUGACCUCACCGCCGCACUCAAGCGCCAGCCCAAGGACCCCAUGCUCAUCCGUGCUGUGGCCUUAAGUUAUGGAGGAGCAGGGCAGUGGAGGGAUGCGGUUGAGGUGAUGGAGGAGGCAGUGAGGCGGCACCCACGAGUGGCGCUGCUGUGGAGUGACAAGGGCCGUGCGCACAAGGAGCUGGGCCAGGCGGACCUUGCAGUGGCUGCACUGCACAAGGCGCUUGCGCUGGAAGAGUCACCAGAGGCAUAUCUACGGCUGGGCCUUCAGUUGCAGAGCAUUGGGGACCACAGCUUCUUCUUCCCCUCCCAUUAUUCUUCUGGCCCACUUCCCCACUCCUUCCGUUUUCCCCUUGUUUUCAUCUCAGCUUCGUUGCACACCCUUUCCUCGCAUCAUUUGUCUGCCUGUGCGUAUCCUCUCUCCCCUCAUCCCUCAUCAGAAGCGUCAUCAAGUGCAAGAGACGCCAUCAAGUACGCCCGCAAGGGGCUGAAGCUCAAGCCAAUGGACAUUGAGCUCAACUACCUGGAAGCUUCCUCGCUGCAUGCAGUUGGGGACUACAAUGCUGCAAUAAAGCAGUACAGUGUGAUUCUAUCAUUGCCUGCUCAAGCAGCCAGCGAGUAUGCGCAGGUCCAGCAGUCCUUGGCCUUCUAUCAGGAGGCUUGGAUCCGCCGGCUACCACCCACAGUGCUGGCCCGCACAUACCGCCCCCUAGACCUCCCCCCAGGCGCCAGGAGCAAAGGCAAAUCCCCUGGCCUACCUGAGCUGUCAGACGGGGCCCUGGAGCUUAUUGAAAGUGCGGAUGAGAUCGGGAAGCGGACGCAGUACUUUCUGGACGGCUUCAUGCCCAACAAGCGCCAGUUCCGCAUGGCAGGGCUGGCAGCUCUAGACGUGAUGCAGCAGGUUCGGACUGCAUGGGAGGGAAUGGCACAGGAGGGCGAAGAGGGCGAGGCAGUGGAGGGAGGAGUGAUAGAAAACGGAGGAGAGGAGGAGCGAGUGGAUGAGGAAGAUGGGUCCGGGUCCAGUCCUCAAGGAUCAAAUCCACGGAAUGAGAUAUCUGAACAGCCCAGGCGAAGGACCAGCAAGAGGGGAAAGCUGAGUAGAAGGGCUUUCACGGACUCUUUCUACAAGCUGACGAGAGGAGGCAGCAGGAAGGGAGAGAAGGGCGCAAAGGGAGGGUUGAAAGGGCGUGGAGGUGGGAAAGGGGGAGGGCGGCUGAUGUCAGGCUGGAGGGACGUGUUCAAUGUGAUUGUGCCGUGGAGGCAGAUAGGCGAGCCGACUGAUCUUGUGGCUUGGAUCGACCUGCUGGAGAAUGAGAUCGAGAGGGGGUAUGGAGGCCUGACAGCCCUCCAGGUGGGCCAGAUGCAGAACGUCAAGUACUACCCACUCACGGACAGAACGCUGGAGGUGGUGAAGCAGCGGUUGCUGGAAGCAGAGGAAGCUUUCAACGCGACAGGCAUGACCAUGAGCUCUAAGAGCGUGCACGGGCUCAUGGGUGCGGCACUGGGAGGCAAGUUCAGCAUUCCAAAGGCCAUCUAUGGUGAAAAGAUCAAGCGGGCAGCGACGCUGCAGGAGCUCCAUGCAGUUGUGGGCUGCGAUUUCUUCAUCAACUCGCAGUGCUUCAGCGAAGCCAUUCCAGGCAAAGCUAUUCUCGGGACAGAAUUCUCCAUUGUCGCAUCCGCUCGGUCGUUUGACUUUGCCAUUCGCACGUCAGUGGACCGGCCGCGAUGGAAGCACCUAGACUUGGAGCUCACAGGAGCAUGGGAGGCGCUGUGUGCCGCAGUGCUGGACGCACACACAGAGGCAGCGGACCCGCAUCGCUACCGCCAGACGAUUCAAGACGCCAUCCUCCGGUUGGGGUACUUCUGUUUGUCCGCUCGCCAGCUCUUCGGACAGUCUUCGCGGCUCCCCGCCGUUCAGCGCACCUUCUCCGGCGACCCUCCCAAGGCUUCCCGCCUCGUCAGCGCAAAAUUCCCGCAACCAGCGUCUGCAGCAGCAGCGGCGUCUCCCGCCUUGGGGCUGUACUGGAGAGGGGACUUUCUCGGCUUGCAUGGCGACUCGGCUCCACCCUCCUCCUCCCCUCACCUCCGCUGA